AACAAGUAACACAACGUUGAAAGUUGGUUGUCACCAAACGGACAAACCGAAGUAAAAGCCCAGCCAGAAUAGCUGGUGCCGAAAACCAUCAAUUCCACUCUCAAAAAUCUAACUGCCUAGAUCUACCAAAAUUUCGUUUUCUUGAAUCGCUCAGUUUGAUCCUUCACAAUGUGGCGUUCGCUUUGGCGAUCCAUCGAUCGCUUCUCUCUGCAAUACUUCAAACAUGUAAUUAAUGAAUUGCAGAAGAUCAAAGUUGUAGAUAUGCACAACAGGGAAUUAGUUGUGGAUCUCCUGCAGUCUAUAGUAGAGAUAGUUACAUAUGGCGACAGACAAGAUUCACAGAUUUUUGAGUGUUUUAUGGAACACCAGGUUUUGGCAGAGUUUGUUCGUGUACUAAAAAUUAGUAAAAAUUCAAGAAUUGAGGCACCGUUACUUCAGUAUCUAAGUAUAAUGAUUCAAAACAUGGAUAGCGAAUAUGCAAUCUACUACUGUUUAAGCAAUGACUAUGUCAACAAUAUUAUAACACAUCCGUACAAAUUUGAUGGUGGAGAUCUAGCUCAGUAUUAUAUAUCUUUCCUAAGAUCAGUGAGCAACAAAAUAAAUGGAGACACUCUUUGCCUUCUUGUAAAGGUUCACGGGGAUGCUGUUGUCUCUUUCCCCCUAUACAGCGAGGCUCUUAAAUUUGCUCAGCACGGGGAAAAGAUGAUUCAGACUGCUAUACGUGCAUUGACUCUCAAUAUAUAUAAUGUUAGCGAUGAUAUGGUUUAUCAGUUCAUAACAACUCCUCCAGUUUCAAGUUACUUCUCAGAUUUGAUUCAUAACUUGAAAGAGCAAUUUACCCAUCUAGACAACCUUGUCCAUGCUUUAGAGGAGAUGGAUGUUAAUCAAAGAAGAAAGGAGCUACUUUUAAAAACUGAGAGAAUUGUUGAUGAUCUGUACUACUUAAAGGAUAUUCUUUGUGUUGGUGAAUCUCGUUUGAAUAAAGUGGUCACGCAGAAUGUUCUCAACUUGCUUCUCAUUCCCAUAUUGCAUCCUUUGCUUCAUUCAAGGCAGAGUGAUGGUUCAAAUCUAUCUCCAAUCACUUCUCUGUAUAUAGUUUCUUGUCUUAUUCAAGUCAUUGGUGGAAAAAGUAUUGUUAACUAUGUGGCUGGAGUUCUUCUAUACCCUUAUAUGUCCUUAAGUGUGAGAGAAGCUCGGGAAGCGUGUUUGAGCAGUGCUUUUUUCAGUAAUUAUAAUGAUAUGGAAAAAUCAUCAUGUUCUACCGAGUCUGAAGGUGCUGAAAGUGUCAAUGGGAGCCCUCUUCACAGGCAUUUGCCAGAAGGCAGAAUACUGGAUUUCAUUUUGUCUGACAAUCACAGCCUCUCACUUGCGUCUCUGUUUUUAUUACUUACUUUAGCAGAAAGCAAAGAUCUUGAGGAUUUACUGGCUUCAAUGGUUAGCCUAAGUGCAAUGCAGCAUGGUAUGGUAAUGGAGGAAAGUAUACUUGUGAAGUUUAUGCCUCAGAUUUUAAGUGCAUUAUUGAAUGUUUUAGCAAGCGAACCACCAACCACUGUGCAAGUAAAGUGGCAUACUGGAUGGUUCUUGCGAAAGCUACUGGUUUUUCAAGGAAUCAGGCUUGAUGAACACAAUUUCCAUCUAUUUAAUACCUCAUAUGAGCGGUCCUGCAUAUGUGUCGAGAAAGAACUUGAUGGAUGCUGGUUUGAUCAUAUCAUGGAUGUGUUGAGAAAUGAAUGGGCAAGCUGUAAAACAGCUCUUGAGGAAUCAUCACAAUCCAAAGACCCCCUUUUCCUUCUAGAGUUCACAAUCUGCCAGAUCGCUGAUGGUGAUGCAACCUCUUCCCAUGUAGCUUGGCAAAGAAUGGUGGAUGUAGUGAAGGUCUUCAUUCUGCAUCUUCAGUUGAAGGCUUUUAUUUCCAAAGGAGAGUUUCUCGAGAAGUCCUCACUGGACUCCAUAGUGGUCCUUCCCUUUGAUUCUGCGAAGAACCUAGCUUCAGGUCUUUCAUCUGCUAGCUUUGGGUCGGAGGUUUCCUUAGGCUCAGGAAUCCCUUGCAGGAUUGCCUUCUCAAAUGCAGGAAUCAGAGAUAUUUACCUGAUACCUGUGGCAAGGGGAAUAUCUGGGAAAUUGCUUCUUGUGGAGAAACAUCCCUUCCGCAGUCAAAGAGGGGUUGUAAUUGCCAUUGCUCCAUUGGCAGGAUUGAGUCCAAAGAUAGACGAGGAUCAGCCCACAUGGCUGCAUCUCAGGAUAAGAGAGUUUGAACCCAGAAUAAAUGGGGGUAAAAAUAAAAGCUACAACACGAAGGAAUUCAUUCAAGUUGCAGAUGGGCGAUGGACAAUCGGUUUCCCAAAUGCAAAAGCUUGUGGCACUGCUCGAUCGGCAAUACUUGAGGAGACUAGUAAGCAGAGAUCCUCUGUUAGGAACGCACUUGGUCCUCUUUUUCAGAAUGAUUAUGGUGGAGGGUCUUCAGAUCGUCAAGAUGGGCGAGCUCUAGUGUGAGAGAUUGUAGAAGACAGGUUAAACUAACAAUCUCUCCUUCUUUCUUUUAUUUCUUUCAUUUUUCCUUUGUCGUUUGACUAUACAUGGAUGAUCUGGAUAGCAAUAAUGUACAAUAUUCUUCUGUGUAACUAUUAGACCCGAAGCUUCAGAGUCUUCUGUUCUUUGUUUGUUAAAAAGAGUAUAGGGGCCACCUGAUUAAUGCUAGUUCUUGCGUUCUGCUUU